AUGCCGUCCUUCCGGGCCCUGCCUCGGUCCUUUAAAACAGAAUGGAGAGUUAGUGAAAGGUCAAAGCCACUAUGGUUGGUGGUAGCUGCCCCGGGCCCUGACAGGCAGAGGAGAACGGAGGGAAUCCGAAGAACAACUAUGGCAAAAUGCUUGGUCAAGAUCCAGACUCGGAGGGGCCUCCGCUUGCAAAUGGUGAACCACUGUAGCAGCAAUGUGUUUGUCCGUCUGCUGAGACACAGCUCCAAGAUCACAGCUAGAAAUGCCGGUGUUCCAUUACCCAAAGAAGACAUUUCUGCCCCUGUGAUCUCUAGCUCACCAGUGAAGGAAGCCCGGGAGUAUAAAAACCCCCAAAGUGAAGAGGAAGAGAAAAUCAAAGAAGAGCCCCUGACCAUCUCCGAACUGGCCUACAACCCAAGUGCCAGCCUGCUCCCCACCCCUGUGGAUGAUGAUGAGAUUGACAUGCUCUUUGACUGUCCAUCGAGGCUGGAGUUGGAAAGAGAAGACACAGAUUCAUUUGAGGAACUAGAAGCAGACGAACAUGCCUUUUUGAUGGCCGAAGAAGAAGAGCUGAAGGAGGCUCGCCAAGCUUUGUCGUGGAGCUAUGACAUUCUGAGCGGCCAUAUUUGGGUGAACCCACUGGUCAAGAGUUUUUCCAGGCUCCUGGUGGUGGGCCUGGGGCUGCUGCUCUUUGUAUUCCCCCUGCUCCUCCUCCUUUUGGAGUCAGUCUACAUGCAGUAAACAGACCCAGCAGGACCUGCCCAUGGUGGGCCCAGCCAGGACUCGGCUCUCCACCUUCCAGCCGCGGUCUGUGAUGGGUGGGUAAGUUUGGCAAGCCCCGCCCAGUGGGCUCAGCUGUCAUCACUUCAGAGAGGACAGAAGAAGCCCUCACCUGGGUCUCAGAUCCCAGCUGUGUUCUCCAAUCUAUUAAUAAAAUGGAUUUUAACUCUC